GGCGCCUGUUGCCCCGAGAGAGUUAACGGUGCGGGGAAACUCGCUCGCCGCUCCUCCGCCCGUGCCGGGCGCUUGGCAACCGGGGCGCCGCGCAUGUGGCACCGCCGGGGACCGCCGCCCCCCCGCCGGGCCCCGCGUCCCCCUCCCCGCCCCGGACAAGGCGUUUAACGUGCCCAGGCGUGAAGUAUGGCAUGCAAAGAUGGUUUCUGCCAAGGAGCCAGCCACCGCCAUGUCCUCGGGUCUCUCCAUCGCCCUCCUGCAUUGCCUGUGCCUGGCGACCUGCCUCACCGGGCCGCCGGGGCAGACCAAAAAAGAGGAGAAAUUGUGGCCGGAGAAUUUCACCAGCAUCCUGAACAGCCUCCUGGAUGGCUAUGACAACCGGCUGCGACCGGGAUUUGGGGGUCCUGUUACUGAAGUCAAAACAGAUAUAUAUGUCACCAGUUUUGGACCUGUUUCUGAUGUAGAAAUGGAAUAUACAAUGGAUGUCUUCUUUCGUCAGACAUGGGUAGAUAAAAGGUUAAAAUAUGAUGGGCCUAUUGAAAUUUUAAGACUUAACAACUUGAUGGUUUCGAAGGUAUGGACUCCUGAUACUUUCUUCAGGAACGGGAAAAAGUCUGUUGCACAUAAUAUGACAGCCCCAAAUAAACUCUUCAGAAUAAUGAGAAAUGGCACCAUCCUGUACACAAUGAGGCUUACAAUAAGUGCAGAGUGUCCCAUGAGAUUAGUGGAUUUUCCCAUGGAUGGUCAUGCUUGUCCUCUCAAAUUUGGGAGUUAUGCUUAUCCAAAGAGUGAAAUGAUUUAUACCUGGACAAAAGGACCUGAGAAGUCAGUGGAAGUUCCUGAGGAGUCUUCCAGUUUAGUUCAGUAUGACCUGCUUGGGCAUACAGUAUCCUCUGAAACUAUUAAAUCUAUUACAGGUGAAUAUAUUGUUAUGACAGUUUAUUUCCACCUCAGAAGGAAAAUGGGUUAUUUUAUGAUUCAGACCUAUAUCCCAUGCAUUAUGACUGUGAUCCUCUCUCAAGUUUCAUUUUGGAUAAAUAAGGAAUCUGUUCCUGCUCGAACUGUAUUUGGAAUAACCACAGUGUUGACAAUGACUACACUGAGCAUCAGUGCAAGACAUUCACUGCCAAAAGUAUCCUACGCUACUGCCAUGGACUGGUUCAUAGCGGUUUGCUUUGCCUUUGUGUUCUCUGCUCUUAUUGAGUUUGCUGCUGUCAACUAUUUUACUAACAUUCAAAUGGAAAAAGCCAAAAGGAAGACGGUAAAGUCCCUUCUUGAAUUUCCAGUUGCUCCAGUACAAAGAAAAAGAAGUACAGAAGAGACAUUCAUGAAUACAGAUGCCAAUUCAAAUGUGAGGAAAAGAACGAAUGCCACAGUACAGUCUGAAGCUGAUGGUGGGAGCCGGAUUGACACAAGGCACAGCUCUGUCCAGCCUUCCUCUGUAGCUCAGGGGUCUUCUGACAUUACACCCCACUCCCUUUCUGCAUCAAGUCCCAACCCUUUCACACGAAUCAACGCAUCAGAGACAUUAUCUUCUGCAAGAGCAACCCCUCCAGCUCCUCCCUCUACCCCAGUUUUAACUGGAUUUGUAUCCCAGCAUGCCACAGCUGGAUCCCCUUCCAUUCAGCACUUGCUUGGAUCUAGACUGGAGCAGAUUCAGACCACCACACCUAAUACAUUGGGAGCAUCUGCAAAGCCAUCUGCUGUCACACCACCUCCUCCCCCCGCCUCCCACUCUGGCACGAGUAAGAUAGACAAAUAUGCACGCAUUUUAUUUCCUGUUACCUUCGGAGCAUUUAACAUGGUCUACUGGGUGGUGUAUCUAUCCAAGGAUACCAUGGAAAAAUCAGAAAGUCUAAUGUAGUUUUGCUGCUAUGUAGUAGUUCCUAAAUUAUACUCACAUUUGAUGCAGAGUUUCUUCUUUUGAAACUAUUUAAAAAGGUCAGUAAUUCUUAUUUAUAAAAGCUGUGUGCUACUCUCCCAUUCUAAAGGCUGGAGUUACUGGGGAUAAUUAGUUAACUCUUAACAGAGUAAGGGGUAACAGUAAAGGGUCGUCCUCCCUUCAGCCAGCAACACUUGCUCAAGACAAACUAUUCUGGCUGCACAGAACUUGCAUUUGGGAGGAGCAUGCACCUGAAAAAAAUCAGAGGCAGAGGUGCACAGCUGUGUAGUGGAACAGAUCCGACUGCUAGGAAUAUGCAUGUUGGCAAUUACAAAUGAGGCACCCAGCACUGCUGUCUGGACACAGCAUUGCAUUCUCUGAGUAUGAGUCUAUGUCCUGAAUAUUUUGACAGUGCUUGCUAGAAAAGGACUUUCCCUGCUAGUUUAAAUUGACAGAAUGGGGGGAAGAAAAUAGUGGCAAAAGGGAAGAGACUCCAGCCUGGGAGAGUGCAACUCCAGGAAAGUUAUGCAAAGGAGUUGUAGAGCUCCGUAUAUUUUUACUAAGCAUUAUUUUGCAUUGUAACCUGGGAAAUUCUCACAACAAACUAAGAAUGAAUGAACCUUGUAAAAUCUGAAAUCUGAUGUAAUUCUCAAAAUUGGAUUUUCUUGUUUGGUAAGGUGAUAUUAAGUGGGCGAUUAUUCUUUGACCUUGCUGACCAGCUUGAGUGGAUUUAUUCCUAAAUUACAUCAGUUGUAGUAGAUGAGGACCAGACCACAAUGUUCAGCUUUUUAUUUGAUUUCUUUGCUUUUUCUUCGGUUGCUUUGGGGUUUGGGUUUUGGUUUGUUUUUAGUUUUUUCCCCAUACUUUUCAGUUACACUCCUAAUUUCUUUUAAACACAUAAUCCAUUGCCCCCUGCCCCCCCCCCCCCUUUUAUGUAAUGUUUGUGUCAAGUUCAAUUUUCAAUUCAGUUUUAAAAGUGGCUUCAAAAUUAAGCAAAAAAGUGCCCCAUUUUGCAUAGAUGAAUGUGGCAUGUCACUGAGUGAAUGAAAGACACCCUUUUUAAGGACUGCUGCUACAUAAAUAAGAAGGUAAACUUUCCAGGUGGAGCCCAGGCUAAAGUUAAUUUAUGAUCCAUUUAUUUAUUUUAAACUGUUGCAUAGAUAGGUGCUUUUCUUACCAAAUUGCAGUAUGCAAGCAGGCAAUAUUAUUAAAGAUUUGAAUAGUUAAACCUGAUAGAAAUCCUGAUCAUAGAUGUUAUUUUUCACUAGAAUGGGUAGAAAACAUGUUGCCAGUAAGUACAAGAAAUGUUUGUACAGAUCUGUCUGGCUUGGCAAAUGGUUAGUGUUUCUGUGCAGGUGACAAGUGAAAAUCAAAGGCCAACUUCUCAGCUAUGAUCUGGCUGUGCCUUUAAAGGUCUGGACUAAUCCUUAGCUUCAGUUGAUGGAAUAGCAGGUUGGUAGCCUAUUGCCAAAGUCUUAUGCUGCAGGGCAGAUCCAGGUGAGUGUUGAGUGUUUCUGUGCCCAGAAAAUGACCAAGGGACUUAUGGAGACCACAAGCUGCUGGCAACAUAAGGCAUUCAUAAGACUGCCCUAGACUAUGCUGGGACAAGAGUCAGGAUAAAAAGACCCCAAAAUGGUAAACUAUGACCGUGCCUCUCCAAGCCUUUUAGCCAGCUCAUGGCUGAGAUUCUGACUUUUAACUUAUAGGACCUGGGAGAUACCUGGAAAGAGAUACUAGAGUGUGCAGUAUGGAUCCCAGAUGGUUCUUUCAUGUGUAAUAAUGAACUGUAGAUGAUAGAUCGCAGUGGGACUAUCUUAUAUAACUUUAUUAUAAUGGAGUGAUAUAAACAGUUGCCUUAGUCUUUCUUUUACUUUAGGGAUGCUCUCAAAAGGCCAGUUAUGGUUCUUUCCUUUUUCAUCUUAUACAUCUCGAAGAUGCCUGAGAUCACAGCACUUGUUAGAAAAACAUUAUGUGGCAUAUCACAGAACUGGAAAUGGAGCACUUGUACAAGAUGCAUAGUUUGUAUCUCUGCAUGUCCUGCUGGUUGCUGUAGCUGUUUCCUCUCUAAUUAGGUCACAUAGUUACAAAUUGUUAGAAUAAAAGAUAGUGAGAUAAUUAUUUAUUUGAUUUAGCCAGAAUAAACAAAGCUGAACCUCUGGCAAUUCUUGAUUAUAAUUGAGCCAAUGAUAAAAUACUUCUAGCAUGCAAAUGGUGACCUGCUGUGUGGAGAACCCAGUAUUUGCACCAGAAAUUACUGAAAUUACUCUUUGCUUUCCUCUGUGAUGAAAAGUGAGGAUGUUUUCUCACAGGCAGAGCCUUAAACAAUUCAUUAGAAACAGUUUUCUCUUCCUUCCACCCAUCCCUGUAUACUGAUUUUAUAAUCAGCUUUUCUUAGUGCACCGUUCAGUGGAAUCAACACUAGUUCAGCCUAAGAUUGACCUAAAUGUGCUGCUUGAAUUCACUUGUAGUUUCUGUUUAAUAUUAAGGACUUAUAAAGAAGAAAAAGGAUUGCAAAAAUAAUCAAUUCCAAAUAUUUAUUUCUGUGCUUCCAUUUUAGGAGAAAUUUUUAAUGAUACCACAGAAAAAGUUACCUAUUUUAAAUCCCAGUGUAUUUCUGAAGUACCUUCCAACACUUCCAUUCCUAAAUUCAAAAUUAAGUAUAUUAAAAGAAAUCAUUAUGAGUUUAAGAUAAUGUAUUGAACUGUACUACAUUUUUAUGUUGCAGCAUAUGAAGAAAUUGCCAUAAUUAGCUUUCCAAAGUACAUGUGGACAAUGUAAAUAGGAGUUUAUUGUGAACAGUUGUUCUUCAUUAUUUUUAAUCUCCCUGGAUGAUCGGAAACAGUAAAACAACAAAGAGCCUGCAAUAUACUCAGUGACACCAUAACUAGAAAGCACAAAAGGAGGAAUAUGCUAAAUAUAGCAGCCCAAAUGUUCAAAACUGCUAACUAAAAUCCUAAGGGAAAACAUUGCAGGUGUCAUUUCAGUGACCAAAUAGCUUAUUAGAGAUGAUCUUCUGUGAGAUGAACUCUAUGGGAGCUAUAUUUUUAGUUUUUUGUUCUUUUUUCCAUUGGAUUUGUUGAACAAUCUUUUUUUUUUGACAGUAUCAUAGUGGUUUAAAACUAAUCAAACACUUCAGGUAAGCUCACAUCUAUCAACAGGAAAGGAAACCGGAUAGAAAGGCAAAAAAUCUUUACAAGGAAACAGAAAUUGAUCUCCACUGACAUUUCCUCGGAGACAUUACCAGCAGCAAAACUCCCACAGACUGCAGUGAUGCAGCCCUGACCACUAAUGCAGUCCUUUGAGAAAAACAGUUAAAAAUUUGGUACAGAAAGAUUACCUCCACAGGAACUGAAGUGUGAUUUGUAGUCAAUUGUGAGCCCACUGUUAACAGAUUUCACAGCAAUUGUGAAAAUAAAAUGAGAAAAGUGGCAAACUUAGACCCCAGCCCUUCAAGGUGACCUGAACUCUUAGAGCUCACCAGCUCUGGAAUUCUGGAAUUCCAGUACUGGUAUCUGUUUUUCCUUCUAUUAAAAUGGACUUGUCUCCAUCAAACAGAUAUAGGUAGUGCAUUUCUUCUCCCAUGUGUCUUUGAACGGGAAAAAAGUAGACUUUUUACACUGUUCAGUUAUCCACUCUCCAUUAUCCUUUGAUCAGGCAAGUAAACUGGACAAUAAUUGAAUGAAAGAGGUAAAUAGUUUAAUAAGGAAUGUGUUUAGAGUUUUUCUGUUAAGAGGAGCUAAGGUUUAUUGAUUAUAGGGUGUUUAAGUGUAGACUUUGGCAUCUCAUCAUCUUGAUCAUUCAGAGUGGACCUUACCAAAAAAUGGGGAAACCAAGUAUUUAAUAUGAUUUAACCAGUAUUUCUACAAAACUUUGAAUUGUCAGCUUUUUGAUAUGCCCAGAAUUCCAUGUUCUUCCAUCGUAUUUUGUACCUCCUGUAUGUCAUUUGGCCUCAGUGUACCUUAAUGCUGUAGCUCAUUGUCUGUAUGCCAUGUGAGCAUCUAUUUAUCCAGUUUACCCAAAGCCUAACUUCCCAUAUUCCUUGUGCAGUUAGAAGUGUAGGGAAGGCCAGAAUGGAAGAAAUGACACACAGGCUUUGUAAGAGACACACUUGCCAUCUGAGACAUUUUUCCACAGACACUACAGAUUUCUUAGGAGAACAUUUUCAGAAUGCUAUAGCACACUGCAUCUGAAUCCCAAAAGCUGCCAAGAGGUCUGUUUGGAUAGCAGAGUAGAUCAUGGACUUUGCACACUUCUUAAAACUUUUGCUUGGCUUAGAAGAUUAAGGAGGAAAGAAAUUUUGGUGAGUUGUACCUUGUCUUCCUGGGACUUGCCAAUAGGGCUUGACCUCACUAAAACAGAAAGGGUCUGUGUGGCUAGCACAGUUAUGAAUUGCAAUAUAGACAGCUGACAAAAACUCACCCUUGGUUUUAUUUAAUGCUAGUAUUGAAUAAUCCUAGUAUUAGAAAUAAAGCAGCUGUGGUUGUGAGAAGCCUAGGUUUGGUAUAACAUCUGCUGAUGAUAUUGAUCAAGCCAAGGGUGAUCAAAGUUGUAGAAGUCUUACAGAGCUGCAGGGCUAUACAGCAGGAAGUUGCAGCAGGUCAGUGCCAAGUGGGGAGAAAAGGAGGUGCUUCCCUUCAUACUCUGACAGGAGUAAAGCAAUAAAGCAAAGCAGUACAGCUCCUCCAUUUGUAUUUGGUAGAACAAAACCGCAUAAACAAAAUUUCAUACUCGAUGAAAAUCCGAGUGGCAAAUAACAUUAUGGAGGCCACUAUUAACCACCAACCCCACCCCCCCCCAAAAAAAAAAACCAGGGGAAAAAAUCCAGGAAAAAAAUUUAAAUUAAAUUAAAUGACAGUAGCAUCUUUUUAUUUUUUUUUUCAAGAUCUUGCAUUUCUUUCAGUGGGCUUCCAAGGUGAGUUUACAUUUUUUAAGAACCUCUACUGGUAUCUACUGACACAAAUAUGUGUUUUUCAUUUACUGCAGUUCACUUUAAAUGGAAAGUUUACUGCAAGGAAAAAUGCCAUUUUGAAAGGGUCUGAUAUGUGUUAAUUUGUAUAAUCCUCAUUUGUAGGCCUCUCCUCAGAGUCAAGAUGUAGCUAUUUUGGAGAAUAUGAGUGUGGUGAGAGUUUCAGCAUGUUCUGAGUAAAUCGGGCUCUGCAAGUAAAUUUUUGCCACAUCCCAGGCAAGUGAGAGUAGUGCAAAGUACAGAGCACCCUGUAAAGAUCUCUCUUUGCUAAUGUUAUGUUCUAUGUUAACUGGAGGGAAUGAAAAAUGCAAUUAUUGUAAAAUUGAUGGAAUUUGCAAAACGUACUUUGUUUUCAUAUGAGUUAAAAAUGUGGAAGAUAUUUAUUUCAGAAUUGAAUAGCAUUGUCUUCUAGUCCAUAACUUACUGCAUCUAAAAGUAUCUCUUAGACUUUCUUAUGCUUUUUGUAUUAUUCCACUGGAAAGAAUUUCAAAGAAAUAGUUAAUAUCCAUUGCAGUUCACUAAUUUUUUAAAUCAUAAUUCUGUUUUCAUUUUCUUGUGCAAGAGGAAUUGAGAGCAUGAUGGCUUAUUCAAAAUAAAAAUAACAGCAGCAAAACAAAAGCCUUGGAGAAUCCCUGUUUUAGAAAACCUUACAAACCCACAUCAAUUUUUGAAUUUUUUUUUUUUUUUAAUAGCAUAAUUUUAGCAUUUAAAAAUACUAAUGCUGUUGCAGCCUGGAUACAUAUAUACAUAUAUCCCUUGAAAUAAUUCUAUUUCCCUGAAUUUUAAGGAGGCAAACUCAACAUGCAUUUGCUUAUUGUUCUGUAUUGAAAGAGUCCCUUUCUGGAUGGAAAACACUAUGUGAGGUAGGUUUUUUUUUUUAAAUUUAUUACUAUCUUCAUUUAACUAUUUUCAAGAAAAACAUCUGGAGGAAGAGUGUGGUAUUACUGAAUUAAUCUUCAAAUAGCAUGAAGAUCUGGGUUAUUUCCUGCUGGUCAUCUUGCUGUUCUGUCAACAUUUUCUUAGUGUUUUUGUGAGUGCUCUAUCCAGGUUUGCUGUUAACUGACAUAGCAAUCUAUGGAUGAUCUGGUGACAUAAAGAAACACUAAAGGAAAUCAUUGUUUGUGAAUAUGUUUUCAUCCUUGGAAAAACAUAAGUGGAGUUUGGUAGAAGAAGCAGAUGACAGUAUGAAGCACUCAGCUGUACUUCUGAGCUCAAUACAUUGAAAAAUUUAGUUGAGUACUGCUUUGUCUUGCAUCAUCUUGUGCUGGUGGCUCAUCUCCAUGGUAAGUAAAACUGCUACGAGGAUGGAGGGCUCAGAAGUAAAGAUUGUCUACAAGUAUUUCUUCAAAGUUAUUUUGAAAUAUGAGAUAGCUAACCUUAUUACUAACAGUAAUGUCACAGUAUGCUUUAUAUUUGCAAGCUUGAAAAUCUCCUUUUCUGUUAAGUUGUACCAGGUUGUCAAAUGAACUUUUCAUGAAUAGAUGAUUCUGUAUGUACAUGUAUUUAAUUUUUAAAAUAAUUUUUGGCAACGUUCUCUGUCACCAGACAGGUAGUGGAGAUUUGAGGUGUUUCAGAUAACCAGAGUUCUUGAGCAAUUACUUUAAAAUACUUGUUUCAUAGAUACAUGCCUUUGCAAAUCAAUACAGCAGUGCUUUUGUAGUGGAAAAUAAUCCACCUGUGAAAAAUCCUGGCCUUGAAUACUCAACCCAUAUUUGAAGGGCUGAUGAAGAACAUUGGGAAAGGCAGGACCCAGGGCAUGUUUAUUCUAAGGCUUCUGAAUUGAAGCUGGCUUAUGUCCUGCCAUCUUCUGAAGCAUUCUGCACCAGAGACUACAAACAGUAUCCAUGGGCUUUCUGCAAACUUUUUUUCACUCCACCAUAAAACUGUAUUACUGCUGAAUGUAGCACUCUCACCUUCUUCUUUACUGCCUUGCUUUUCAGUACUUGUGGGGGAUAGGCUGGAAUAACUUGUCUAGCUAAACCCCCAGUUUUCUUGUUUCCUUUUGGCUGGUUAGUAGUGGGAUCUGUCUGAUCUGGCUCCCAUCUUAGUGCUGGUACAAAGGAGGGUGUGAGGAGCCUGGAUUGAUGCUUUGAGCUGGGUUAAUGCUGGUGUGAAAUCAUAGUCUUGAGGAUUCUCCUCUCACCUCCACUGUCAUUAAAAUAGAGGCUCUCUCAGGCUUUCUCAAACCUCCAGUGUCCCCUGUGGUAAUUUUUCAUCCACAAAGGUGACUUUGUGAAUUAUGUCAAUGACAAAUCACGGACUAAAACAACCAACCAACCAACCAACCAAAAAAAAUUAAAAAAGAAUUUUUGAAAGAGCCAAAAUCUAUCAAGUUAUUUGAAGAGAGAGAAAAGGAAGAGAAGGGAAAACAUGAGUAUAGAUGAAAAAUUUAGUUUCUUGCAGUACUCAACUAAGCAGUUAUUUUAAGAUAUGUCCUAUUAGAGGUACUAGAACUGCAUCUGGCAGGAAACAGCCUAGAAAUAAUUAUUUCUUCAUUAUAAAUAUAAUGAGAAAGUAAUAAAGAAAAGUGUCUAAUGUCCUAUUAUAAACAUUUGUAUUCCAUUGAAGUGGUUUUGAAAAUGGUAUUUUCAUUGUCAGCCAGGAAGAAUUAGGAGACAGAAUGGGAAGGGAAAAAGAAUGAGUUUUAUUAAGUAUUACUGUUUCCCUUUGUUUUAGAACAUUUCCCAACCAAAAAUGUAAACAGUAACAUUAAAAAAUCUUUCUGGGGCUCUAUAUAUUUAAUUUUCAGUAAUGAAGCACUUUGGAAUGUUAGCAUUUAACUUGCUUUAUGUUUAAGAGACUAAAUAGAGAGAAUGCUCUGUCUCUGAUUUAAUUCACUUAUCAGAGCAGUUGUGGAUGAAGAAAACAGCUUUCAUUACAGUAACAAUGAGCUUUUUUUAAAGCAUCAUGCUCUUCUACUAAAUCUGAAGGCUUCAUUCUUGUACCUGAGUGCAUGGGUGCUGUUUAGUCCUGAGCAUUUUUGAUAAUCCAGUCACUGCUACAGUUUGUGGGUUGCACCUGCAUAUAAGGUUGCUGUGGCUGAAAAUCUAUGUCCACAGCUUGGCACUUGCAGAGCACAGAUCCCACAAAAGUCAAAGGUGUGUGUGCAGCCACUGUGGGUGCAUGGGAACUGUUCUGUUCCUCAUUUGGGAGAAGAUUCAAGUCUAUGGUAAGAAACAGACAUGAGGGGAGUGUGACUGUCUCUUUCAGAGGCUGAGCAGAGCUUAUAUUGGAUUAAGCCACUUAUGAAAAUGCCUUCUAAACUCUUUUCCAAAUAGGCAGCUUAGGAGCAAGCUGAGUGCAAUGUGGAAUUCGACUCCAACUGCAAAUCCUGCACAAGGAUCAGCACAGUUAAUCUCCCCUAAGGUUUCUGAUGCUGUGGCUAGAAAACUGAAAAGAUGUGAGGUAGCUCCUGCUGCCAACAAGAAGAAAUGCCUUCAUGUUGCUGUGCAUCCAAGCUGUCCUGUAGUGAAACAAGGUCUUUGGAGAAGUGGGGAUGGGAUGCAAAAUACUUAUUUGGAAUACAGAAUAGGGCAGAGUGAAAACUUCCCUCAGAUCAGCACUGCUCAUACACACUGAAACAGCACAGAACAUCCCAAAGGACCACCAAGGUAUAUGGCAGUGUCUUCUUGCCUACCUGCUAAAUGUUUUGAAAUGAAGAGUGGUGGGAAUGACAAAAACAGGUCUGGUAAUGAAACAGGAGAUGUUUAGUGUAAGUACCCACAGUCUCCUGCCAGCAGCUUGUGGGCCUUCCCAGAGACAGAACUGCAUCACUGACUUUUUUGUAGGUAUAAUUUUUAUGCCUCUGCCAUGUCUCCUGUAACUUAAACAUUGGGAAAAGGGGGUUUCUCUUUGAUGCUCUAUUUUAUUGCAUGGUUAUGCACAUUUCUUCAUUUUGUUGAAUAAUUAUGAAGAAGAAAAUCAAGCUGAAUCUUUCUCAUUUUUUUAAACUUUUUUUUUUUUUUUUUUUUUUUUUUUAAGAGAUUUCCUCAUCUGCACACAUGGAAAUCAUAAGCUCCAUUGCAAACUUCAGGAAGGUAGGAAGCACUUCUAUGCAAACUUCUGUCUAUAACUAUCUCACAAAGGUAGCAUUUGUUUUCAGAUCUCUAAUUUGGAGAAUAUUUAGUUAAAACUUCUAAAAUUUUAAAUGCAAAAAUAUUUUCUCUGUAGUGAAAAUGUGAAUUAUAUUUGUAGGCAUUUCACUUAGGAAAGGUAAGGCAAAAUGUAUGUGUGUUUUCUGUUAAGCUAAACCAGAUGCUUAGCUGUGAGAUAUUCAGAAGCCAUUUUCUACAUGGAUGAAUACAUGGAUUAUAAUUUUUCUCCUUUGGAGAAUGUGGAGAUGAUAUAUAAACAGAAGGUGGGAAAUUUCUGUGGAGAGGCUAUAAAAUGCUACUUCUCACUUCCUCUCUGGCUAUGAUAUGCAUAAAUAUAGUGAAAUCAGAUAAGAAAAUAUAUGUGAGUGAAAAAAAAGACGGUUUUUGAUCUUCACAUUCUCAGCUGAUCUUACUAAGUAUGCAGUUAACCAUCUUCCCUGUAUACUUCCAAGUUUUCUUUCUGCUAUGCCAUGGGUGAACUGUGGAAGACCUAGGAAUUUUUAGGUUCAAUUCAUCAGUCCAGUUAGGAGGGCAUUCAGUGUUGGCCUUGUGAGUUAGGAGCAUGUUUUAGUAAAUAAUCUGUUUAGCAGGAGAAGGUAUCCUAGUUCUGGAUAAGAACAGCUCAGGCAUUUUGCUGAGGUAAGAUGUAAGAGUUGGAUUAGGUUUAAGGGCUGCUUGUUAGCUGUUUUAAACUUCCCAAAUGGACAAUUUAAACCCACUCUUUGGCAUGUUUUGCUACUUCUGCACUAUUUUGAUUUGUUCCAGUUCUGUCCCUGACUUUGCUCCCUUGCCUUGUGGCUGAGAUGAGAAGCAGCAGUUUCUGGGAUGGUGUGGGAUUCCCGUGCCGUCCCUUUAGCCACAGGCUCUCCAUGCAUCACAUCUCCAUCACCAGGUGGACAGCAGAAUCUGGGCAGGGAGAGAAUCUGUGCAUCCAUGCCAGUGGCAGAUAAGCCCUGGCAGUCAAGCACCAAGGCACAGUGUAAGGUUGGAGUCCUAAAGUAUGGUGUGUAAGGAUUUUUGAGUGGGCUUCAAGAUCCAGUGCUAGUGCAGUGGCCUAAACCAACUUUGGCUGCUUGAAAUACAGGUCAGUUGUAAAACAGACAAAAGAUUUUUGGGUUUCUAAAUUUUCUGGAUGACUGCCAGCCCACUUGUGCUCUAUGCUGCAUCACUAGCAAGCAUAAAGAGUAGAGGCAGCAUGUUAGAAGUCUAUCUGCAGGCACAGGAUUUACUUGUUGGUAGUAAGUAAAUAAGACACCUAGAAGUUGCCUUGGAUACCUCUUUCUCGUCACCUUUACCUACCACCCCUGUACUCUGCCAGUCCUGCCAGUUCUGAUAUUCCAAACUGCUGGAGCACUUUAGUGAGCUGUUAAAAUCAGUCUAUCUGACAAAUGAUGAGGAAUAUCCUUUCUCUCACUCUUUCUACUGACAAAUUCACAGUUGAGAGGCAGACUAGGAGAUAUUAACUUCUGUGCUAAUUCAAAGUUUAGGACUGGUAACCAACUGAGGAACCAAAAAAAAAAAAAAAAAGAAUUUAUAUGUGAUGUGAAGCAGCUGCUAUAUUCUGUGUCAUUUUAAAGCUGAAAAUGAAAAGAAGAGGGGGAGAAAAGAAUAUUUAUUGAUAUUUUGUUUUACUCUAAGCUUUUUUUUUCCUGAGAAGCCCUGUCCAUUGCAUCCAAAACAUCUGGGUUUAGGUUUAGACAUUGCAAGGAAGACUCCCAGUGAAAAAUAUAAAGCUUUUGAAAGUACUUUAAUAUUUUUUUUUCUGUAAAAGUAGUGGCAUGCAGAAAAUAUACACUAAAAGCAAGCAUAGUAAAAAUGCUUUUUAACCACCCCCUAUAGGAAAGUUCUAUCUUCUCUGUCAAUAACUUGCUACUUCUGCAAUAUGUGGCUAUCCUAGAUGCACGUUGCAAGAGUUCUGUGCCAUGCCAAAUUCUGAUGUUUAUCCCUUUGUAUUGGCUCAUACAUGGGGAAAAACUGAAAGGAAAUCAAAGUAAGGGAAUCCUUUGGCUGAAUUCUUUUACACUAUUCUUGGUGCACAUUUUAGUUGCGUGGAACAAUGUGGCUGGGAAGAUUUAAAGAAUCAGAGGUAAACUAAAUUAUUUGAGUGAUAUGUUCAAUGCUGGUCACCUAAUACUAACAAACUUAAAAGGUGGUUUGAUAGCUGUCAACUUGUUUUGCUAUUGUGCAGCUUAACUGUUACCUUCCUGUAUUAUGAACAUCUAUGUAUUUGGAAAAUAAAUCCAUCUUGCAAGAAAGAUUGUGCAAAAAAUUGUUCCUAUUAUACUCCAGUGUAUAUUGCUG